UGUUCUCCGUGAACUGCGCAAGUCUCUUAAACAUUAUUCGUAAUUAAUUGUUUUUUAAAUACGACUACGAUACAACUAUUACGACAACUGCGAAGAUAUUGACGUGUCGGAACUUCGGAACAAAUAAUCGGUUCCGCCCUUUUGAAUUGCGUACCGUUGCUACUCGCCAACAAUUCUUUGGCGUUCAGUCACAAUAUUGCAGCUAUAACCCAUUAAUCGGUUCAAGACUAUCGCCGGUUAACAUGGAUAGCUCUUCUGACAUCUCUGACAACCUAAGUGACGUAUCAGACUUUGAAUUUCAAUUUAUUUCAGAACAUUCAUAUCAAAGUAAUGGACGUGUUGUGCCGCCAAUAGUAGAUGGUGUAACACACUAUGACCAAAAUUUAACUCCAGCCCAUAAGUAUUUAGGAGAUGGACUUUGUGAAACUACUGGUCGCACAGUGUUUGAAGAAAAUAUUACUCACACAUUACCAGUUAUAUUUUUGAGGCUAAAUUUGAUGCCAGGUCAGACUCUUCCAAUCAUUGCUCGCACUAUAGAUGUCAAAUUGUUAUUGAAAUACGCUUUGUCCACAAACCGUGCAUUCGGAGUCUCAUAUAAAUUAAACAAAAAAGGAAAACAAACAUUUGGAACAAUUGCUGAGGUUUAUGAACAAUCCAUAGAUAUAGAAAAUUCUCAAUCUUUUCAAGUCAAGGCUAUGGGUCACCAACGGUAUAAAAUUUUAAACAUAACACCAUUUCCUGAGAGUAAUGGUCAGUCCAUUGCAUUAGCUCAAAUAAAAAUUAUACCAGAUACUACAUUAACUCGACCAUAUCGACAGUUGUGUUUACAUCCAAAAAACCGUAAUUUGAGACAUAAUGAUGCAUGCCGUAAAAAAGAUAUGUGGCAAACGCUAUGGCCAGAUUGGGUUUAUACUCAGUUUGAUGUGAAUCAUUUAGCAUCAAUUCUUACCAAAAAAAUCAAAAUUUUAUAUAAAGAUGUCAAGGUCUUAGAUGAUCCAUGCUUAUUAUCAUUCCAAGUGUUGAGACUUGGUAUAUUUCAACCAAAACAAGUGAGCUUCUUGUUGGGUAUUGAGUCAACAAACCUAAGACUUCAAUAUGAAAUAAGUUAUUGGAAUGAUAAUCAAGCCAUGCAAAAAUUUAUUUGUAAUGGUGAUGAUUGCAAUGCUGUAAUUUGUGAUAUGAGCAGUGUAUUUCCAAUGUCUCCCGAAGGACCACAGGGUACAUACUGUAACUCUUGGGGACAAAUUCAUGAUAUGAUUACAGUUACCGAUUUAGCUAACAAUUUAUCAGUGAUUGUAAUUGGAAGGGCAUCAACAGAAUGUUGCUGGUUCCCCGGGUACAAAUGGCUUAUAAUUUUGUGUCCAUGCUGUCAAAGUCAUUUAGGUUGGCAGUAUGAGGCUAGUGAGAAUUCAUCACUAGUACCUAGAAUAUUUUAUGGCUUGUCAAUGCGUGCCAUAAAACCAUUUUUUGAAUGGAACAACACUGCAUCUCCUGAAGAACUGAAUCAAUGGUUAUAACUUAAUAAGAAUAUUCUAUUGAAUUAUCAUAAAUUAUUUAUUUGUAUCUUAAAAUCUUAUUUUAAU